UAUGUUCAAUUCCAUCCUACAUCCUUGUACAUUCCCAACGAAGCACGCUUCCUACUCACAGAAGCGCUGCGCGGAGAAGGAGCAAUCUUGCGUGAUGCUUCUGGAAGAGCCUUUGCAAAAGAUUUUCAUGCCGAUGGCGAACUGGCACCUCGUGAUAUUGUGGCAAGAGGAGUCUUUGAAGAAGGCCAAAAAGGUGACGGAUCACAACACAACGUCUAUCUCGACAUUACACACCGUGACGGUGACUGGUUGCACGGACGCUUCCCGUCGAUUCAGGAACACCUUAGUCGGAAAAAAUUGGAUCUGGCCAAAGAUUUGUUGCCUGUCACCCCCGCGGCCCAUUACACCUGCGGUGGAAUCGCAACGGAUAUGCAGGAAGAACGUCAUUGCCAGGAUUGUAUGCAGCCGGUGAGGCGGCUAGGACUGGACUUCAUGGAGGAAACCGCUUGGCUUCGACUUCGCUUUUGGAAGGACUGGUGUUUGCGUGCGUCAUCGCCGACUACAUUGAAGCGCGAAGGAAAGAGUCUACGGGGAACCGGAGAAAAGUUAGAAGCAUUUGUGCAAAACAAUCCUCCGAUUCAGUCAGUGUCACUUGAGCCAGACUCACAUUGA